AUGUCCUCUGAGAAGAUGCACAAGCAGGAUGCGAUUGACCUGUCGCACCACCUCUCUGUUCGGGGUAGGUCGUACGAGCGUUCGCCACUCAAGGCCCUUAUCGCGCGCUACGACGAUCGUCCGGGGCUUAUCAAGUUAUUUUCCGGUGCUCCUCAUGAGGACUACUUUCCUAUUACUUCCGUCGACGUACAUGCGCUCCCAUACGACAACUUCUCUGCAACGCCUGCAUCGUUGUCCAACAGCGUCUCCUGGUUCAAGCGCUUCUUUGGUCUCGCCCCUGCGCAGCCCAAGCCUAUCACCUUCACCAUCAAUCAUGACCCAGCACCUGGAGAUAACGGCUUGAACCUCACGAAGGCGCUCCAGUACAACCCCGUCCGCGGGCUUGACUACGUGGCUGCCACCAUCAACGAUUUCGCGGCUCGUGCUUUCCAGCCUGCAUACGCGGACUUCAAGACCCUCCUCCACACGGGAAACACAGAUGGAUGGUCGCGUGUGCUGCAAAUCCUGGCCGAGCCAGGUGACACUAUCAUUGGCGAGGAGUGGAUCUACGCGAGUGCGCUCACUGCGGGUGCGCCUGCCAAUUUGAAGUUCAUCAGCAUCGAAAUGGACGAUGAAGGAUUACUUCCGGAGAAGUUGAGGGAGAGACUGGCAGGGUGGGACGAGAGCGUGAAAGGAAAGAGACCGCAUCUCAUGUACACAGUGCCUGUCGGACAGAACCCAUCGGGGCGGACCAUGGGCCUCAAGCGCAAGCAGGAAGUUUACGACGUUUGUGCCGAGUUUGACAUCAUCAUCCUUGAGGACGACCCCUACUACUUCUUGCAAGCUGGACUGUACAAGCCCAAGGACGUCCGUGCUCGCACCGCCACGUCUGGGGCAAACCAGACGGAUGAGGAAUGGUUGGCCUCCCUCGCGCCUAGUUUCCUUCGCGUCGAUACUCAGGGUCGAGUGAUCCGCAUCGACACCGUCUCCAAGUUCCUCGCGCCGGGUCUGCGUCUGGGUUGGUUCACCACUUCGCCACUCUUCGCCGAACGCCUCGAGCGUGUCGGUGAGGUCGCCACGCAGGCUCCAAACGGUCUCGGCACCGCUGUGGUCGGUGGCCUACUGCGCGAAUGGACGCAGGACGGCUUCAUUCGCUGGUUGCGCGGCGUCCGCGCUUUAUACACUGUGCGCCGAGAUUACUUCGUCGAUGCUCUGUAUGACACAUUCGACGUGGAGAGGAGCGUGGUUACGGAGAAGACUGACGGAAGGGAUGUCUGCGUGGCGUAUGCAAAGCAGAAUGGGAUGAGGGAGAAGGGCGUGAGACGCCCGCUCUUCGAGUUCAUCCCGCCAACCUCGGGGCUAUUCAUCUGGCUCAAGGUCGCAUUCCCUCCUUACCUCCGCCAUCGCUACCAUAACUCGAAAGAGUCUCUCGAGAUGCUCUUCUGGACCUCUCUCGCUGACAACGGCGUGGUCUUCUCCCCUGGAAACUUCUUCUCGUACGUCGGUAAAGGGGCGGAGGAUGUGCCCGACUUCAACGCGGAGGGUCAUUAUCGGAUCAGCUUCAGCCACGUUAGUCCUGCGGACGCUCGCAAGACCGCGCAGAUCUUGGAUGCUACAUUGCGCGAGUUCUUUGCCGCAUGA